UCCUGUUAUAUUCAGGAUUCCAAUUGCCCCAAAUGUUUCUCCUUUCCUAUAUGCGUAGCGUAUGAUCUAAGCGGGUUUGUAUAAACACUCUUCCCAUCUCUCUCUAAAAUCACACACAGUCAGAAAACGCGCACAAUCAGAGAAAACACAAACAGAUUUAAAAGAAACCUUGUUUUGGGUAUUCUGAAUUCUUCUGAUUAUAAGACGAUGGGGGGUGGAGAUGGGUUCUUGGAUCUGCUACAGAACUUGGGUCGAGAAGAGAUGAUGGAGGUUUUGUCUGAUGAUGGUGGGUUUUGUCAACACUGUCAAGCUCUGUUGCGGACUCGUAUUCAGAAUCAGAUUAAUAACAGAAAACUAAGAGAAUUAUCAGUAAAUGGUAGCUCUGCAGGUUCUAAAAUUUCAGAACCUUCUGCUAGGAAACCGUCGUCGAGCUCCAUCCAAACCUCAGAUUCUGAAAUAUCAGUGAAUGAUGGAGUUUCCUCUUUGGAUGACAUUGGGUUAUUAGGGGAGCAAAACGAGCAUGUCAGGUUCGCAGAAGUUGGCAGGAAGAAGAAUUUUAAUUAUGUUGAGAGAAUCUAUGGGAAGCCAACGAAUUUGCUUCAAGGGCUUGAGCUACACACUCGCGUUUUUAAUGCUGAGGAGCAGCAGAAGAUUGUUGAAUGUGUCUACCAGUUUCAACGCAUGGGACGGAAGGGUCAACUGAGAGCACGAACAUAUUCAGAACCAAGAAAGUGGAUGCGAGGCAAAGGGCGGAUCACAAUUCAAUUUGGUUGCUGUUAUAACUAUGCAGUGGACAAAAAUGGGAAUCCCCCUGGUAUUCUUAGACAAGGAGAUGUUGAUCCUAUACCCCUUCUGUUCAAGCAAAUGAUCAAACGGAUGGUUAGGUGGCACGUUCUGCCUCCAACUUGUGUCCCUAACAGCUGCAUUGUGAAUAUCUAUGGUGAAGGGGACUGCAUUCCUCCUCACAUUGACCAUCACGAUUUCCUGCGGCCUUUUUGCACAGUAUCAUUCUUAACAGAGUGCAAUAUACUCUUUGGUUCAAAUCUGAAGUCUAGUAGUCCGGGAGAGUUCGAGGGUCCUGUCUCAAUACCUUUGCCUGUCGGAUCGGUGCUUAUUCUAAGUGGCAACGGAGCCGACAUUGCUAAGCAUUGUGUUUCCGGAGUUGAAAGAAGAAGGAUUUCCAUCACUUUUCGGAAAAUGGAUGAGAGCAAAUUACCAUACAAUUACUUGCCUGAGCCAGAGCUUCAGGGAAUAAAGCCUCUUGUGUACUCUCCCUUGUCCAAGUCACCUGUUCAACAGAACCAACAAGAAAAUUUCAAGUUCCCUGCUCAACGAAACCAGCAUGAAAAUUUCAGGUCACAUGUCCAACAAAACCAACAUGAGAAUAAAAAAAUCAACGAUAACAAACCUGGAGGUGCUGCAGAGACGAGCAAUAACUUAUUCGCCAUGCAGAAAGAUGAUUUCCCUCCUCUUGGGAGCUUGAGUUCUGUGAACCGGCAGAGGACGCAGCAAAACAAUUUUAAGCGAUAAUCUUUAUGACAGCAUAUGUAAUUCAUGCAAUCGAUAGAUUAACUCUUGUAUACUUGCACAGAAAUUCUUUGUCCAACAGCUUUUAUGAUAUUGAUUCAGUUAAGUUGUAUACUUGUAUUCAACUGAAGAAAUAAUCUUACAAAUAUAUAUCAGAACUUCAUCCUUCUCUCUA